UCGCCAUGGCCGCGCUGCCGCUGCCCGCCCGGGGGAGGCGGGGAGCGCUGAGUGCGCCGUGGCCGGGGGAACCGGAGCGGAAGCGAGCAUGCAAGCCACUGGAAACCAUUCCAAAUGAUGCUGGUGUUCACCUCACUGACUGUGCCAUGGAGCUGGAUUCUAAGCAGAAAAUCCCCCCUGACUGGGCUACAAAGACAAAGCAGAAUUCACUGAUUUUUGAAAACCAUGGAAGCAGAGGCACUGCCCAGCCUUGCCCAAGAUGUAUUGCUGGGGAAUCUGGACACUUCAAUCAUAUCCUGGGCUGCUAGAAAUUGAGAGACAGCAGAUCAGCACCACUGCUUUUCUUUUUAAGUUGUAAAGAUGCACCUGGGAGCUGGAGAUCUGCACCUUCACCCAGGGCACGGGGUGUUCAGCUGCAGCUCUUACCUGUUCAGUGCUCACGUGUGGGUGUCUCUGGCUUCACACUGGAACAAAAUGCUUCUGCUCUGAAGGUAGCUCAGUGUCUGUUAAAAAAGAAAAAGGAAACCACAAAUGAUUUAAUGUUUUAGAGUAGUUUGGUUGAUCUGGCCUUUGGCCCGUUCUUCACCUGGGACUGGGCCAAAGGUCAUGUUGAUACAGGAGAUUUUCUUGUCUCUCCUGGGCACUUUCUCCUUGCAUUCACACUGAUGAAUGUGAAGUUUUGGCUCAGCCAGAUGCAGGCAGAAACAGGAGGAGAGAAAUGUCUUCAUUUUCAGAUGAUUACUCAGCUUUGCAGCUGUGGAGGCCAGUGAAAAUCUGGUAAAACUUAUAUUUAAAUCUGAAAUAUUCAUCCAGUUCAGGUAUCUUACAUACUACAUUUGUAGUUCAUUUAUAACAAGCAGAGUUUUUGAAUGUGUCAAGUGAGUAAGAGAAAACAGGAAUGGAUAUUAAAUAGAAAUAUAUUCACAGAAACAGGAGCACUAGUUGAACCAACCCUCCAUAAAGCAAAGAUGAAUAGCAGUUCAGCUUUGUGGAGUCCUCACAAAUUUCAGAUACCCUCUGACAUUUCCAUGACUCUCUUCCCAGUUACUGUGAUAGAACCAGUCUGUCUAAAAAGUCUUGAGCUGGUCAUCCAACAUCAUUUUACUUGCUUGUCACAAGUAAUUUCAUUGCAUCCAGAUGAGUAUUCCAGCAAAUGUACAACACGGGGGAUGUGUCUGUAGAUGAUCAAACCAAAAGGGUGCUUUUCAUUUAGAUAACUCAGAUUUCAUCAUGUGAAGAGUUCACAGAUAUUUAUAUUUCUUCUGCUUGCUUAAAGUUAACUGUAGUUUAUUCAGGGAUGAAAUAUGGUAAUCCCAGGAAAGAACUGGUUUUCUUUACACUCCUUGUAGGUUUUCUGCCAUGUUCUUUUAAAUUCUUCUCCUUUCAGACUAACCUUCACUUGUUUCUUGUAAAGUCUUCCUGCACAUCCAUCACAGGACUGGUGAUAGUUCCUGGCUGCAUUACAGGGGCUGAUGAAGUCAUCCUGGUGUUCGAUUUUAAUGUAAUUUUCUCAUAUCAGUCUUCCCAUUGUUACUGCACACUGUGCAGGUAUUUUAUUACACUGUCCACCCUGACUCUCCAGACUGUCCCUGGAGAUUGCUGCAUCUGUACAGCUGAACAAAACAGGAGAACUUUAUCCUUUCUUCCUUAGCAAACAUUUGUGCUAAAACCUAUCUGUAUCCUUCUGGUCCUUCAGAAUAAGUGUUUUAAUUUUUCCCUCCUUAGCAUCCUCACUUUCUGGGACAAUCUUCCCUAGUUAGUUCCCUGCAAAAGCAGCAGGCUGGGUCAAAGGGGGAGCACUACUUCAGUCUCCUGCAUGCUCUGGUGGCUGAUGGCAUGUGGACACACUUGGAAUGGAGAGACUUGUCACAAAUACGGAACCAGGAUUUUAUGUCAGGGUUUCUUGCAGGCAUCCUAAGCCUUGAACAUCACAGAAGUUAUGAAAAUGCCUAUAGUUUCUGACUAUUACUUUUUUCUUUGCUGUUGUUUGUUGAUA